UGCGCUGUGCGUGCGUGAGUGGGAGGCGGCUCGAGCUCGGCCUUCCCGAGCGCUCGGAGGCGACGUUUCGGCCAUGAGCCGCUUCGGGGCCCGGCUGGCGGGGGCCGCGGCGAGCCCGGCGCCGAGGGCCCGGGGCAGCGAGAACCUCGACAAGAUCGACAUGUCUCUGGAUGAGAUUAUCAAAUUGAAUCGAAAGGAAGGGAAAAAGCAGAACUUUCCGAGACUAAACAGAAGACUCCAACAAAGUGGCACCAAGCAAUUCAGGAUGAGAGUUCGCUGGGGAAUCCAACAGAAUUCAGGUUUUGGUAAGAAUAGUCUGAGUCAUAGGGGAAGAGUAAUGCCUGGAAAGAGACGUCCUUAUGGAGUUGUUACUGGCCUUGCAGCUAGGAAAGCAGCUGGAAUUCGAAAGGGAAUUAGUCCUAUGAAUCGACCACCUCUGAGUGACAAGAAUGUAGAACGGUAUUUUCCAGUGUUAAAAAGGAAGACAAACCUUCUGAGACAAAAUGAUGUGCAGAGGAAACCAGUUGCUGUUCUCAAGAGACCUAAUCAGCUGAAUAGAAAAAAUAACAUUCCAGCCAAUUUCACCAGGAGUGGAAAUAAAUUAAGUCAUCAGAAGGACACUCGUCAGGCAACUUUUCUUUUCAGAAGAGGCCUGAAGGUUCAGGCACAGUUGAACACAGAACAGCUGCUAAACGAUGCAGUAGCGAAGAGAACGCGUCAAUGGCGCACUUCCACCACAAAUGGAGGAAUUUUGACUGUAUCUAUUGACAAUCCAGGAGCAGUGCAGUCCCCAAUAACACAGAAACCACGAUUAACACGUUCUGCUGUACCCUCAUUCUUGACCAAACGGGAGCAGUCUGAUGUAAAGAAAGUCCCUAAAGGUGUCCCUCUACAAUUUGACAUAAAUAGUGUUGGAAAGCAGACAGGAAUGACGUUGAAUGAGCGGUUUGGGAUCCUGAAGGAGCAGAGAGCGACUCUCUCAUUCAGCAAAGGAGGAAGCCGCUUUGUGACCGUGGGAUAGGUCUCAUGCAGAGGAACUUCGGAGUGAUGACUUAGUUUUAAAAGUUGAAUUGCUUGAAGAAUUUAUCUCAAAUUCAAGAAACUAUUUGACAAAAUUCACAAGGCUAAAUAACUCUUAUUUUUAUUUUUGAAUUUUUCAACAUGUAUAAAUAAUGCCCUGAAAGAAUAACAGGGAAUAUGCUUAUCUGUUCUGAAAGAUUUCUUGGUGGCCCAGACAGAAAUAUUCUUUCUGUGACUUCUUUCUUCUACAUGCAGCAGAAAUAAGACAGAAAGAACGUGAUUAUUUUUAUGAUGGUGAUAUUUAGGAUCCCAUUGCCUUUGCCCAUUUUUUACACUGUACCAUGGUAAAUCUUAGUCUUCAAACUAUGAGUAGGUCCCUUUGAUGCUAUCACUUACCCUUUAAUAGUGUUGACGUAAUAAGUGCAGUUGACUUCUCUUCAUUAGAGAUAAAAAAAAUCUACUCGGAUUACAGUUUUGGGUUAAGACUUAGUGGGAAUAUCUAGAACUUGGUUCUUUUCAGAUAAUGUUAGAUUAUCCCUCCAGAGUUGUAUAAAUCUUUAGUACUGAAUUUUUUGACCAGAAAUUUGGCUCUCGGCAUUAGUCUCAUUCUAAAAUACUGGGGUUUGAAGACUAUAACUGCAUGAUUAUAAAGUUACUUGUUAUCUACGUUUGGAGAAGGACCUCCAAGUAUAAAAAUCUGAUGGUGCAUUUAAUAAAAAAAAGCUUGAAAGAAAGUUGCAGAUUGAAAAUGGUAAAACUGAGUUCAGUCUUUAAAAAUAAAAAAAUCAGGUCAUAGAUACACUGUUUGGAUUUACUAUAGUCUUCAGUAUAGUGUAUACAAAGAAUUCUCCAAAUGAUAUUUAGAAGUCUUAUUUAAAUAAAUUAGAUAUUUUGAUAGUUAAUAGCUGUAAAGUCCUAGACAACUUGUUUAAAAAAGUCAAAUUUUUUAAGCUUUUAAGCUUGCUAAAUUGAACAGUAUACAACUCCAGAAACAAAAACUUGUAUAUGUUAGGAAGGAAAAAAAAUGGAAAAUUGUAAGAGUUAUAUUAUAGCCUUGUUUUAUAUCUUAUUCUGAUUUCUUUUAUAAAGUUCAGUCAUUUAUGAUGAGAAAAAUGGGUAGGAGGAGUUAGUGUGUUGUGCCAAGCUAGAGCGGUAAACAUUUUCAGAUGGUUGUAUACUCUUAUGGUAUAAUGCCAAAAUGCAGCAAAAUAUUACGGCAAUAAGUUAAAAGUUCAGUCAUUUAAAGCUUGACAUUUUGGUUUUCUGGAAUAUUAGAAUAUCUGAGUUAGGUGUGUUUUUCUAGAGUGUAUUAUUAAUGUUGAUUUCCUUGUAAGGAAAACAAGCUUAACAUUAUCACUCCGGCCUGCUUUGCAGUUGUGUACUCGACCUCAUUGUUGUCUCACACUCUUUGGAUCACUUGGUUUAUGCUAGCAAUCAGUGACAGUUUCAUGCUUAUACCAAAGAGGUAAAUCUGAUCUUUAGUAUCCAAAUUUUGCCAGUAAGUCUGGUGAUAAAGAAUUACUGGAAACCAGUAAAAAAAUUUUGAAAAUAAAAUUUACUUUGUCUCCAUAAGCUAAGGACUCAUUGCAGAAUAUUUUUGCAAGUAGAAAUGCCUAGAUUUGAUCUAUCAGUUACAAUCUUUAGACUGGUUUUGAAUUACAGGUAGCUUAUUUUAAAGCAAAGGGGAAACAACUGACUGUGAGCUUGCUGUCUUGUGAAAAUAAGGUAUGAAGAUGUGUUUCACUUUCAUGUUAUUUUAAAUAUUAUACAGAGCUGCUAUUAAAUGCCAUUUUUUGGGAAAACCUUAAAAAAAAGUUGCCCUAAAUAUCAGCAUUAAGUGCAUCAAACAACAAAGUAUCUUUGGUAUAUUAAACUUUUGCUCUUUAUGCAUCUGUCAUUUUAUUUUUAAACAAAAAUUUUCCCCUUGUACAUCUUACUUAAAAUUCUUGAUUACUCAUAUGUUGCAUAUAAAGAAAAGAAUAUGCUUUGUUGAAAUUUUUUUUUUCGUGGAAUGUGGCUGUAGUCAUCGUUUUUCAUUUAAAAGCUUUUUUUUUUAACAAUACAACUUAAAAUUUCUCUUGCAUCAAAGUGUAUGCAAAACAUUGAUGCAGUGCAUCACACACAAAAAUUGUAUUUCAUGAGGAAAGGUGCUUUUAUAGUGUAAUUUUUGGUGAUUUUUUUUUGGUAAGAGUUAAUUUAGAUCUAUUCUGAACUAUUCAUUUUUGACAAAAUGUUACAGGUCUCCUGUUUUAUUAUUAGCUAUAAAGAUUGUUGUAAUUUUUAGAGUGCUCUGCCUCGAAGAAUUUUUUGUGAUUAUAUUUUUAAUUUUUAGGUUUACAAAGUACCACAUAAAUUGAUAAAUCAGUGUCGGUUUACAUCGACACCCUUUGACCAUUUUUUUCUUACUUGAAUAGGAAAUAGCCAGGAGUUAAAAAUUGAGAAUCAGAUUUUCUUGGACUGCAGAUGAGCUUUUAGAAGUCAUUCAGUUUAGUUCCUCUUUAUUUCAGACUCGUUUUUUGACCUUAGACCUUUUUUUAUCAGUUCAUGUUAAACUCAUUAAUUGAAAAUCCAUGUAUCAUAGAGGAGUGGUAAGAGCUCAUGUUCCAGCAGUGCUUAAAAGACUAUUACUUUGGCAUCCAAGUCAUAUUAGACCCAUACGAAGAAACCAUUAUUCUAAUCAAGCACGUGUUGUUUUUUUUUUUCCCCAAAAGCCUUCAGUUUCACCAAUGACAAGGAAACCAUAAAAUACAAGUGUAAGAAACCUGCAGAUUUCGUUGCCAAAUUUUUUUGUUGUUGUUAAAUAUAGAAGUAUUUUGCUGUCCGUAGCUCUAUAAUUUGUACUUUAUGCAGUACUGGUAAUUUUUUGUUCUGAUUUAUAUUUACUGUAAAGAAGGUAAGAGGAAGAAACAGCUGACUAUGCACUACAGAAACAAACACUACCGAUUUCUUCACUUUUUGUUUUGGUGUCACACCAGAUGUUCAGGAAUUACUCCUGGCCAAGCUCUGGGGGACUAUAUGUGGUGGCCAGAAUUGAACCCGGGGUGACUGUGCAAGGCAACGCCCUGCCCAAUGUACUAUCAUUCUUACCCCAGAUUUCUUCACUACUACUUAGCAUGCCUUGAAACUUGGUUGUUGAACCUGGGAUCGUAGCUCAAUGGUAGAGCAUUUGUGAGGGUUUUGAUAUAGUCUGAUAGUACAAAAAGACAAAAGCAUUAUUAUUUUUGCCACUGAAAAAUAAUCAAGUGUGUGAUUCAAGCUUCCCUUAAAAGAGGAUUCUUUUUUCAUAGAUCAAUUUGAAGUUUUUGUUUUUAAUUAUACUAUUUAUUCUGAACAUUUACAAUAAAAGUUUUGAACUACUAUGGGCCAUAGUAGUAGUAUGGGUUUAAAGAUUUGCUUACAAAUGAUUGCCUUCUAAUGUGUCUUUUCCUUGUCAUCAUAGUUUACUGUCUGAAAUUUGUUCAGUGAAAAGUUUGGUAAAACAAGUGGUGAUGCCGUUUGGGAGUGAAACUGAAAUUUUGAGUUUAUUUAAAUGAAGUUUACCAGUGUUUAAAGAUGAAUUGGAAACAUU